GUCAAAGGCAUUUUGCCGCCCUCAGGUCAUGUCAAGCUCACAACUCCUACGUCGGCUCGCCGCUGGCGCAAGACCCAUCCUACGCCAGCUCCCGCAGGGCUCCAGAAGCUCUCUACGAUGCCUAAGCUCACAGCCUAUACGUCUCGUACCUGCCUUACAACGGCGACAAAUACCUGCGCUUAUCUCCCAGUCCCGCCCUUUCAGCUUGUCAAGUCAUCGCCAUGAAGAGCAAAUUGUCAAGGUGCCAGAUAUGGCAGAGUCGAUCACGGAGGGUACCCUGAAACAGUUUUCCAAACAGCCUGGCGACUACGUAGAGCAGGAUGAGGAAAUCGCUACGAUCGAGACCGACAAGAUCGAUGUGGCUGUCAACGCGCCUACUGCUGGCACAAUCAAGGAAUUUCUGGCCAAGGAGGAAGACACCGUGACCGUUGGACAGGACCUCGUGCGGUUAGAGCUUGGCGGUGAGCCAGGGCAGAAGGCAGAGAAGGGCAAGGAAGAACCCAAAUCGCCGGCAUCAGGCGCUCAGGAGACGUCUUCGCAGCCCGACGGCCAGAAGGAGGAGUCAAAGCCAGAGCCGAAGCAAGAAUCUAAGCCCGAAUCACCGAAGCAGGAAUCCAAGCCCGAACCACCGAAGCAGGAAUCCAAGCCUCAACCGCCAAAGCAAGAAUCGAAACCGGAGCCGCCAAAGCAGAAAGAAGAGUCUAAACAGCCUCAGAAGCUGCCUUCCGAACAGUCGCCAAAGGUCGAAUCACCGUAUGGCAGCCGCGAAGAACGCCGGGUGAAGAUGAACCGUAUGCGUUUGCGCAUUGCCGAGCGUCUCAAGCAGUCGCAGAACACCGCUGCCUCACUAACAACCUUCAACGAGGUCGACAUGUCUGCGCUCAUGGACAUGCGGAAGCGGUACAAGGAUGAGAUCCUUAAGAACACUGGCGUGAAGCUUGGCUUCAUGAGCGCAUUCUCCAAGGCGGCCGUGCUUGCGAUGAAGGACAUUCCCGCUGUCAAUGCCAGUAUAGAGGGCGCUGGUAGUGGUGACACGAUCGUGUACCGUGACUACGUUGACAUCAGUGUUGCGGUGGCGACGGAGAAGGGUCUGGUUACCCCUGUGGUGCGUAAUGCGGAAAGCCUGGACAUGGUUGGCAUUGAGAAGGCGAUUGCGGAACUCGGCAAGAAGGCGCGCGAUAACAAGCUCACGAUCGAAGACAUGGCUGGCGGCACCUUCACCAUCAGCAACGGGGGCGUCUUUGGCUCGCUGAUGGGCACACCCAUUAUCAACCUUCCGCAGACCGCCGUACUUGGCCUGCACGCCAUCAAGGACAAGCCGGUCGCCAUCGCUGGCAAGGUUGAAAUCAGGCCGAUGAUGUAUCUCGCUCUUACAUACGACCACAGACUACUGGACGGCCGCGAAGCAGUGACUUUCCUAGUCAAGAUCAAGGAGUAUAUCGAAGACCCGCGGAAGAUGCUUCUUGUAUGAGCCCGGACGACGACAACAUCUAGAUGGUUCGCUGCAUGUUCGCUUAGCGUGCUGUAUUCCCUGUACAAAAGAUCCAAUCUGCCUCACGUAGUUCCGUCCAAGUGCUUGUUGCGCAUAUUGCUAACAUGUCGUGGUGGACGCUGCUGCCGUGCGAGUGAGGUUCAAGCAUGGGGUGUUUCCUGACAAAGCUGGAGAUCAAACAUGCUUGCUUGCGCCUCAUGUCUGGAAGAGCAUCUUCACACCUCAUUUCUCCAUGCGCCGUAGAAAUUACGUCUUACAUGCAAUCGAAACGAUCAAGCAGGGUGAAAGCAUUAUAGAACGAGUAGUGACU